AAGCAGUGGUAAUGUGGUCUCUGAGGAAUAAGUAACUGCGUCCCUGCUGUCUGAGAAGUCCCCUACAUACAGCACAGCACCUCUAGGAAGAAUUCAUUUCCCUCUUCAAAAGAGGAACUCGACUGAAUGGCUGAGCAACAGGGCCAAAAAAGCAACCAGGGCAGCAAUAUGGAACCAAGGGACAGCAUGAAGAACCUGCUAACAAGCACACAGUGCCUGAAUCACCGCAAACCACUACCCAGAAGAUCUGUUGAGAAGGUGAACAAAUGCAUUCAGGUUGACAUGGACUUGGAAGCGGAGAAUCCUAGUAUAGAUUUGACUCUUUCUCCAAAAAUCAGCCUUUCCAAGAAGCCUCAGCAAUGUCCAGGGAACACGUCACCAUCCCAGCAAGGUGUCUCCUCACCCUCCCAAGGGCAGCCUGCUAUGCCAGCUCUGCUACCAUUGCUUCCACCACCUCCAUUCCUUCCUCCUAGGUGUAAGAUUCCUCCCCCACCCCUUCUCAUGCCUGGCAUAAAUGCACCAUCACUCCCACCUCCCCAGCUGUGCAGUAAUCCUGAGUGCAGCCAUUUCACUUGUGGAUACAGUGAGCAGCCCUGCCCUAAGAAGACACCGAAGCUAAGGAUGAAGGUGUUUCACUGGCAGAAGCUCCCCUCUGACGUGGUGAGACAAAGCUGCUCCAUGUGGGCUGUGGUACCAAAUGGCAGCGAGGAGCUUGUAGAACCUGACUACACAAGCUUGGAGCUACUUUUCUGUGCCUCACCAACAAAACCAAAGGAGACAAGACCAGCAAAGAAGUCAAAACAGGUCACAUUCAUUAGUCCGAAGAAAAGUCUCCUCCUGAGUAUAUUUCUGAAGCAAUUUAAGAGCUCCAAUGAAGAAAUUGCUAACAUGAUUCAGAAAGGGGACAGAUCCAGGUUUGAUGCUGGGAUACUGAAACAGCUACUUAAACUGCUGCCUGAAAGCCAUGAGAUAAACAAACUGAAGUCUUGCAAAGAAGAAAGGUCAGAACUAGCAAAUGCAGACCAGUUUUAUCUCCAUCUCUUGGAAAUUCCUAGCUACCAGUUGCGAAUUGAAUGUAUGCUGAUUUGUGAGGAAACACAAAUUCUUCUGCAGUGUCUGUGGCCAAAAGCACAAGCCAUCAGGACAGCUUGUGAAACACUUCUUACCAGUCACCGACUGCCGGUUUUCUGUCAGUUGAUUCUUAAAGUUGGAAACUUUCUAAACUAUGGGCAUCACACUGGAGAUGCUGGAGGUUUUAAAAUCAGCGCCUUGCUCAAACUAACAGAAACAAAAGCAAACCAAAGCCACAUUACUCUGCUUCACCACAUUUUGGAGGAGGUUGAAAAAAACCACAAUGACCUGCUGCAGCUUCCCAGGGAUCUUGACUUUGUUUCCAAGGCAGCAGGGUUCCACUUUGACGCUAUGCGGGCUGAAGCAGGUGACAAUCUGAAGAAACUGCUGGAAAUAGAGAAGCGUUUAUUUUUGUCAACAGAGGAUUUAAAAAUACAGCACACAAAACUUGUUCAAAGCAGUGUCAGUGCUUCAAAGGACCUGCAGGAGGAGUUGGCCAACAUCGAAAAGAAGAAAGAAGAACUAGCUGACUAUCUUUGUGAAGACCGAAAAAAAAUGUCCUUGGAAGAUGUAUUUAACACAAUGAAAACCUUCAGGGAACUCUUCCUCAAGGCCUUGCAGGUGGAAAACCAAGAAAGGAAGGAGCAAGCUGCAAAGUCUGAAAAAAGGAAGAAAGAACUCAAAGUAGAAGACACGAAAAGGCUAAAGGCAGAGCAUGGAAAGAGCAGUAUAUUUAGAGAAAAAUGAUUCUGUUUUUAUUAGCCAGAUUUUUAUUAAUUAGAAGCAGAUUAUGUGCUUAGCUAUGGGUGAUCUAUCAGAGUAAGAGUGAUGUAGCCAUUGUUGAUGCUACUGUUAAACAGAAAGUUUAGUAAAACAUCAAUUUUCAAGGGCUCAUGAUUGAUCAGAAGAAAUCAUGACAGAAAUGCUAAAAAAAAUAUCGCUCCCAAUGAGCAAGUUACUCUAUUUUUCUUAAAGUUGGGUAAUAUACUGGUAUUGCUCUGAACAGCUGUUUGAAGGCUUUUAGGGAACACAAUGAGGUAGCACAAACUUGAAGUUCCAACUGCCACAUUGUCACUGACCCAGGCAAGCUGUGCCAUGUAUUACUGCUACCUCAACCUUCCCUUUUUUCUGACUAAAGUUCUGAUUCCUUUAAGUGGUUACUGUGCACUUUAAUAAUAAGACUUGCUGAAAAACAGCAGUCUGAUGUAAAUCCAGAAAAGCUUUUGUUGUGCUGGGUGUGAGGUAUUUCUAGUGUUAAUAUUAACAAGUAUGUAUUUUAACAUUAUAUUUUGGUCAAUAGUUGACCUGAGAUUUCUGCUUGGUACCGUUUAGUUGUGAUUCUUCAUUCUUCAGUGAACUAAUGCAAAACUGGCGUUAGUAAACUUGAGAGGAAUUCACAUAAAUAUUGCAUUGGAUGCUCACCCCUUGGAAGACUGUUUUCCUUUCUUCCUGUUGUCUACCUAUAUGGCCUUCUUUUAGUUCCUCCAUCAAAACUACUCAUCUUUAGAAAUGCAUUUUAAAAAUACAUACAAAUACGUUGAAAACUGACCAAAAUCAUGUUUUCCAUAUUGUCUUGACAAGCUGUACUGCAAAUGUUUUAUCUACUUUGCCUACCUACUGUAAAGCUGCAGAUUCAAACAAUAAACCUUUUCUGAUGUAAAUA